AUGGCUUAUGAUGACUCCAAGAAGAAAGAAGAGUUCCUAGAGAGGGAUCGAAGUGUUGAUGACGUGGGGCUGGCAACUGGCAGGAUACAGCGAGAGAAAAAGCGCUCUUACAAGGAUCUGCUGCAAGAGGAAGACCAGAUAGCAACUCAGGUCAGGAAGCGCUCAGAGAAAAGGUUGAAGGACAGUGAGGUUUUUCCGGGGACAGAACCUCACAAAAAGAAGAGAAAGCACUCCUCCGAUGAGUUCUGCUACAGAGGUGUUUCGCCUUUGGAUCUACCAUCAAAGAAGAAGAAAAAAGCAGUUUCUAGCCCAUCCUCAGCUGAUACAACCAUGGAUUUACUCAAGGCUAUCACCUCGCCUUUGGCCACAAGCUCAAAGUCUUCAAAGAAGACCUCUGAAAAAACGUCUUAUUCUUCCUCUGGCCAUUCCGAAAGCAAAAAGGAGCACCACAAGAAGAAGCUGAGUGGGAGCAGUGGGGAGCACUCGGUGGACGAUGGCAGCUUCCACAAAUCUAAAAAAAUGAAACCUCUGUAUGUGAACACAGAAACACUUACGCUUCGUGAACCUGAUGGCUUGAAGAUGAAGCUCAUACUUUCACCAAAAGAGAAAAGCAGUGCAGCAGAUGAUGAUUCUUUCUCCUAUUCUUCAGCACCAGCAGCUGCAAAGAAAUCUUCAAAGAAAUCAAAGCACAAACCACCUCCAGACUCUCAUCCACCUUCUGAGAGUUUUGGUGCUGACACCUCCCUUUUUUCAGAGGGCCAUGGGAGCGAGUAUGAGAUUUCAGGUAUGGAGGCACCACCAGAAUCUGGUUCCUCUUCUGGUGGGGAGUUGGAGGCUGGAGAGCUAGUGAUAGAUGACUCCUACCGGGAAAUCAAGAAGAAGAAGAAGUCAAAAAAAAGUAAGAAAAAAAAAGACAAGGAGAAACACAGAGAGAAGAAGCACUCUAAGUCUAAAAAGAGUUCUGGGCAUGGUUCUGUGACAGUAGCAGAAGUAACAGUGUCACCACCACCUCCUCCCAGUACCCCUUAUGUUCUUCCCCCGCCUCCUUCUGGUUUUCACUCAGAUGGUCAAGGUGAGAAGAGGAGGAAGAAGGAAGACAAGGAGAAAGACAAAGAAAGAGAAAGAGAAAGAGAAAAACCAAAGAAGAAAAACAUGUCUGCCUAUCAAGUGUUCUGUAAGGAAUAUCGUACAAAUAUUGUGUCUGAGCACCCUGGAAUAGAUUUUGGAGAGCUAAGUAAAAAACUGGCAGAAGUGUGGAAGCAACUACCAGAGAAGGAUAAACUGAUCUGGAAACAGAAAGCUCAGUAUCUCCAACACAAGCAGAAUAAAGCAGAGGCCACCACUGUGAAGAGAAAGGCAUCGUCUUCAGAUGGUGCCCCAAAAAUAAAAGCUUCUCCAACAGGAGUGAUUUCCCCUCAUAAGAAAUCUCCCACCAGCACUGUGGUGGUGUCUUCCUCACCAGCCAAAGUCCCUGAGACAGAUCCUAUCGAUGUAGCUGCACACUUACAGUUGCUGGGGGAAUCUCUGAGCCUCAUCGGACACAGACUGCAGGAAACAGAGGGAAUGGUGGCUGUUUCAGGAAGUUUGUCAGUACUUCUAGAUUCAAUCAUCUGUGCUUUGGGCCCAUUAGCAUGUCUGACUACGCAACUACCUGAGUUGAAUGGCUGCCCUAAGCAUGUGUUGUCAAACACACUAGACAACAUCGCCUACAUCAUGCCUGGACUUUGAUGGGAAAGGAUCCUGGGAUGCAUUCAGCCUCUGCAUAACUGACUUGUGUACAGAUGCACUACACCGGCGCUCCUGAAGGGCUCCGUGUGUAGGGUUUUAAAGUUUUAUAUCUGUAUAGUAUAUACAUAGGA